AAAUCUCCUAAGUUAACCACCCCAGCCAAGACGUCACCAGGAAGAACUCCAUCCGCAAGUCCAGGUAAAAAAUCUCCUGCUAAACUGUCCACCCCAGGCAAAAGGUCCCCAUCCACAACUCCAGCAAAGAAAUCUCCUAAGUUUACCACCCCGGGCACGAGGUCAACAGGAAGAUCUCCAAAUAAAAAAUCUCCUUCUAAAUUGUCCACCCCAGGCAAAAGGUCGCCAGGGCGACAUCCAUCCACAACCUCUAAGAAGUCUCCUGCUAAAUUAACCCAAAGCAAGAGAUCUCCAGGAAAAUCUCCAUCUACAACCCCUAAGAAGUCUGUUAAUCUCUCAAAAUCUCCAGCAUCUGCCAAAAAGUCGCCAGCCUUGUCCCCAAAGCGCUCUCCAUCCACACCAUAUACCAAAGGGCGAUUCUCAGUUUCUCGUGUGAAUACACCACCCCAGUUAGUACAAAAUGUUUCUGCUUCACGAACACCAAAGCAAACUCGGAAGUCCUUGACAUCAAAGAAGACACCACUCCGAAGAAGCAGAAAACUUGAUGCCUUUGAAGUUAUUCGUGCCAGAAGGCGCAGUGGUGCCUCAGAGGCCAACUUGUUUGUGGCUAAGUCAUGGGCUGAUGUGGUAAAAAUUGGUGUUGCAAAACCGCAAAAGAAAACUGAUAAACCUACUCAGAAGAAGGCAGUGGCUACUAAGAAGAUUACAAAGAAGAAACCCAAGUUGAAGACUCCUGCUAGACGAGUAAAGGAUCUGUCCAGCACAGGCCAUGCAGACUCUCCUGCAACUAUCCUUAUUGGAAGAGCUCACGCAAGAACAUUGAACUUAACCGGACACGUACCAAAGGUGGUCAGAAAGGCUGUGAAAGUGAACCCUGCUCAUGAUGAAAGCUUUACUGGCAUGGCUCAGUUAUUCAGCACACCUGUGAAUGCAAAACAACGGAGAAGUAGCAGAUUUGAUGGUUCUAAAGCAGGCACACCAAAGUCAACAGUUGAAAUGUCUGUUAUGCAGACACCUGAGGAGGCAGAUGAAAUGGUGGUUUCACCAUUAAACAGUCCUACCACAACCCAACGAAAGCGGUAUGGCAGAGAUGCUGUUUCUAGGCUUCUGGAAGUUUCACUGUCACCAAAGUCAACUAAAGUUAAUGGUACCGUGUCUCAGAAAGUUGGGCAAGAACCCUCAAAGUCUGCUAGCGAAAACCGGAAAUCAGUUGGACUUACAGGGGUGAAACGCAUCAUGAGAACCCCAAAGCAAAAGGGAAAACCUAUUACCGAUCCACAUGCACUGAGGAAGUUGUUGAAUACACCAAAAGAAACUGAAUCCACUCAAGCAUACACCCGUAGAUCAGCUAAACUUGAAGUGCUUGGCAUUGCACAACUUCUGAAAACCCCUAAGCAGAAGGGAGAACCUGUGGAAGAUUACACUGGUAUCAAGCGCAUCAUGCGGACGCCUAGGGAGAGAGUACAGCCAGUGGAAGAUAUGGUUGGAAUAAAACGGCUAAUGCAGACACCAAAAGAAAAGGGAGAGGCGGUGGAAGACAUGGUUGGAAUAAAGCGGAUAAUGAGAACUCCCAAAGAAAGAGGGCAACCUGUAGAGGAUAUGAUUGGAAUAAAGCGCUUAAUGAGGACACCCAAAGUGAGAGGGCACCCAAUUGAGGACAUUGACUUAAGUCACUUAAUGAGUAGGCAUGCUGACAGCACCCAGUCAACUGAAAAUACCCGACCAAUAGAGGAGAUAUUUGGCAUUAAAAAUCUAGUGAAAUCACCUCCAAAGAAAUCUGUAGCUGAACAGGUUUUCACCUGCAGUCCCAGAAAUGCCAGUGAAGCUUUAAAAUCUACUGGAGCAAGUUCUAAUACUCCUGUGAAGAGAGGAAGACCUUCCAAGCGCCUUUCCCUUCCAGUUGAAACUGAUACUGCAGUGAAUGAAGUACAGAAAACGAUGGCAGUGGCAGAGUCUGAGAUUGCACAGGAAUCCAGUGUGCAAAGUAUCAGCGAGGUUAUUAAAUCUGCCCACAAGAAAAAAGGCAGGCCAUCCAAGAAUUUGCCUGCUCAACCAGAAUCUGAAAUGUCUAAAGAAUCUACUGCAAUUCCUGAAGCAACCUCACCUUCUCUAAGG